GCUAUGGCGGAUCGAGAUGGCGCAGCGGCAGUGUCAGCGCGAGCGCCAGCAGCAUCGGCGGCGCCAAGAAACAAGGUAAUCUGCGACACGGACGCCCUCCAGCGCUGCCUCAAGGAGAAUCGUGGCGAUCGCAGCAAAUGCCGUGAAGAAAUCGAAGCGUUCCGUUGCGCAUGCGAGGCUGGAGGCGCUAGGGCAGGAGGAGCGCCAUCGCCAUCCCCGCCGCGGGCGCGAGCGCGAGCUCCACCCUCUUGAUCAAUCAAACGAUCAAAUUUUUCUUCCUCUAGUUAGGAGCCGACGUGGCACGACGCGUGGAUGAUGCGUCACACCGUGUUGUUUGCUGACUCAGCACAAGCUCUAAUACUCCCGUCCCGAUAUGGGAGACUUGUUCCUCGCAGCUAUGGCGGCAUUCCGAGCUAGGUUUUUGGAAUUGGUGGGAUCUGCGAGCGAUUGACCGCGCGCGCUAGGUGAUUUUCAGCUCGGUAGUGUGAUCUAAUUCGGGGCCGGGCGAUCGAUUUGGAGCGGCAGUGAUGGAAAGGGAGGCGGCUCAUCCUCUCGACAUCGAAAGAAAGGGGUCAUUCUCGAGCCACCGGGGGCGCUCAGUGUAUCCCGUCCCGGCUUCCAGCUCGUAUGAGGAGAUGCCGCCUCGCGCGUCCAGGAUUUCGUGGCUCAUCCCCCUUUUCGUCGUCGCCAAUGUCAUCGUCUUCAUUGUCACCAUGUAUGUCAACAAUUGCCCCAAGAACUCGUUCAAUUGCAGGCUCACCUUCCUCAAGAGGCUCUCUUUCGAAUCGCUCAGGGACAAUCCUCUUCUUGGUCCAUCCUCCGAAACAUUGAAGAAAAUGGGGGCAUUGAACUCGACACUGGUGGUGAAAAAACAUCAAGGGUGGCGGCUAAUCUCUUGCAUGUGGUUACACGCCGGUGUGCUUCACUUGCUCGCGAACAUGAUAUGCCUUCUCUUAAUCGGCAUUCGCCUGGAGAGGGAAUUCGGCUUUGUGAAGAUCGGGCUUUUGUAUCUCCUAUCUGGUUUUGGUGGCAGCCUCCUAUCCGCGUUGUUCAUCCAGGACCGUAUCUCGGUCGGAGCGUCGGGAGCCCUCUUCGGUCUUUUGGGAGCAAUGGUCUCGGAGCUCAUCACCAACUGGUCCAUCUAUUCCAACAAGAUUGCCGCGUUGAUCACAUUGGUCAUCAUCAUCGGCAUCAACUUGGCGGUGGGCAUCUUGCCUCACGUCGACAACUUCGCACACAUCGGAGGAUUUGUCUCCGGGUUUCUGCUCGGCUUCGUGCUGCUCAUGAGACCACAACUUGGAUGGGUCCGGCAUCAAGGACACGCUGGGAUGCCGGGCGGUGCUCCUGUCAAGUCGAGACACAAGAUCUAUCAGAUCGUCCUUCUCAUCGUUGCCGUGCUCCUCUUAGUUGCCGGGUACUCGACCGCGAUUGCUCUCUUGUACAAAGAAGUUGACGUGAACAAGAAAUGUAGCUGGUGUCACUACUUGAGCUGCGUUCCUACGUCGCAUUGGAAUUGUAAUGGCAGCAAAACGUUUGAAUGCGAGUAUAACUUUGACAAAGGCUACUUGACGGUGGUUUGUGAAGAUAGAACGCGAUCGAGAGAAUGGCCCUCAGUCACUUCUCCCACGAGUGAUAAUGUUUACUGCUCGAGAAGCUGCCGGUAAAAGUGAAAGAAAAAAAGAAAGCCAGAACACCAUUCUUUGGGAGGAGAAUAAAUUCGUUGUAAAAAAUCGUUUUCGUUUGAGAAAGUACAUUUGUUUUUU